AUGCUGAAAUCUAGGCGUGUGCGUUCGACCACACAUCUUCGUGGCAUCGCCAGCAAGACCGAAGUGCCCGUGGGUGACGCCCAUGGUUUCAGCCACGGUUUCAUUGCAAGCGAGGCAAAACCACGUCACAACGAGUGUUUUUGCACAUAUCCGGCAUGCAGUGCGCAAGAUCAUCUUGAACCCUUCCGGCAGCAGCGCAGGUUUGAGGAGACUUUGCAGGAUGCAGCAGAGGCCUUGACGAAAGACCCGAAGUGCUCCAAUGCGUCCUACUGGAAGGGCAUCGCACUGUUCUACAUGGGAGACUUCGCAGCUGCGAAGGCUGCGUUUGAGGCCUCGCAGCAAACAGCUGUGAAUUCACAGGCUCCCCGGGCCUUGUGGCUCCGCAAGUGCGAUGCAGAGCUUAGCGGUUCCACUUUGCCGCUGAUAGGCGCCGGGCUCCCAGAGACCUUAGCUUGCGAUUUCGCGUCGGGGCCGCCUGAUGCAAUGGCACUGCAGCAAGAACCAGAUUCAGAAGGCAACCACUUUGUUACAUGCAGGGAUGGCACAUCGAUUCGCUGCCGGCUACUUCUCGGCGGACCGGCAGGUGAUGACCGCCUGGAUCCCAAAGCCCGCACGGCCAUCUGCUUGCACGGCAUCGGCGAGGAUUUGAGCUUUUGGGAAGAGGGAGUCUUCCGAACAGAGGAACUUCCGGAGAACUUCUCAGGCUUCGAUGCCUCAAUGCCGUCCACGGAAGGAACCGGGCCUGUAGACCCCAGUGACAAGGUGCGAAGAGCAAAGUUCUCUCGGGCUCUGGCAAGGCGAGUGAAUGUCCUGCUAGUGGAUCAGCGUGGCUUUGGGCGGUCCGACCGGCCAAGGACGCUGGCCCCGCUCCAGGACGAAAACAUCGUACUCCUAACCACCUGGAAAGUGCGAGAUGUUGCUAGCUUCACAGCUGCGGCCAAAGCGGAGCUGAACUGCGCACGCAAGGCUGGGGCUGCAGCGCACAGCAUUUCCCUUUGUGGUGGUAAAGCCCUGGUCCGCAGCGUGUUUCGAGACACUGGCGUUCUUGGGAUGCACAUGCACGCCUUGGGUUCCUUGGCCGCCGAGCUGCGCCUCGAGGCAUGCAGCACCAUCGAGUCGUGCACUGUUGCGGCGCCGCAAGGAAGACUAACAGAACUUGCCUACAUCCAGCAAACCGUGCUCGACAAGGCAGAAAAGCUGCGCAAGAGCAGGGCAUCGUUCUUCAACGAUCUGGCUUCCCCGCCAAAGGCCUUCGUCUGCCACCGGCUCCAUGGUGGUGGCGUGGCAUCCCUGGAGGAGUUUGUGCAAGAAGUGCGUGACAACGAUGGUGCUUGCAUUGCCCUGAGCAUCUCGGUUAGCCCGGAUGGCCAAAAUGCACUGGCUCUAGGGCAGUUUACUGACCUCACUGGGGCGGUGACAUACAUGCAGCAGUUGACGAGCUGGGCGGACAGCAAUGGUGGCGAAGGUGCCUGGCAGGUGGUCUCGGUUCAAAUCCAUGCGCGAAGCGCAGUGCUGAAGACGCUUUCCACACAUACCUCGCUGCCAAAGAAGCUGGAGGUCUGUCAGAUGUAUCCUUUGUCCUUCGAAGACUCUGACGCAACAGAUCGGACGGCAACCAUGGAGGACUUCGUCUCGGAUGUGGAGCAAGUGCGAUUGUAUGCUGGAGCAUCCAAAGCGACGAUUGUUGGCCAUUCCAUGGGGGCGGCGAUUGCACUGCAAUACGCCAUAAGCCAUCCCCAUCGUGUGGAGCGUCUUUGCCUCUCGGCCGCCGCGCCCCGUGUGGGCCCGGCUGCCUACGAAAACUGGAUGAGGAUUGCCAGCACCUACCAAGCCUGGAACCCGAAUGUGAUCCGCAGUACAGUCGCGGUCGUAAAUGUGGCGGACGAAGCCAUUCGGGCACUGGCUGCACCUACGCUUUUGAUCAAUGCCAAAGACGACCAACUAACACCCUUGAUAGGGUCUGAGAUGAUCAAGGCCAACCUACAGACUGCACUUCUGCACGUGCCAGAGUUUGGAGGGCACAGCAAUUUGGCCAAGAACGAUGCCUCCAUGGAGCGCCUAACCCAUUUCAUGAUCUCUGACGAGGCUAUGAUGUUUCUUACUGAUGUGCUCCUGGAGGAGCAGCUUCUGAGCAAAUGGAACCUACCCAACGACAAAGCUUUUGUUCGCUACUACAACUGCGGUCGCGGCCUGGCAGAGAUCGAGCGCCUCGAACGCAGCCUGCGUCUUCUUCGAUGGUCGUCCGGCGAUCAUCAGCAGGAGAAAGCUGCCCUAGGAGCAGACAUGGCGAAGGUGUUGAGAAACUUGGGACUCCCCACUGACACGGACGAAACACCGCGUGAUCGGCUGAUGGCAGAGAUGAUGAGCAUGCUGGGUCGGAUGUCUGCCCCGGCCAGGCAAGCUAUCGACAAUUCUGGAGUGUGGUGGAGGGACGACGGAGCUGCAAUGGGACUUCCCGACAAGCGAAAGUACAGCGUAGAUGCAUGGGGCCGGCGCAGAGGUGGUUGCAAGCAAGGCAACUGCUUCGUCUACCGUUGGGACCUCUCUGUAAUGCCACAGCUGCUGCAGCGUGGGUGGCUGUCAGCUGGGCAGGCUUCCUCGCUUGGCUCCGACUUUUUUGCAUGCUGGUGGUGCGGGGGCCCGCCUGCGGCCCACGAGGAUCUUGGGCCAGCCAGCAAGGAGGAGUUGGCGGCGCACUGGCAUCUCCAGGAGCCCGAGAAGGAGGCAGGAGGAGCAGAGCAGUGGAAGCACAUCGGCUAUCCGCUGCAUUACGAGCGCAUCCUGAUCCCUAUUGAGUUCUUCUACACUAGGACUUCCGGGCAUGGAAGCCACGACGCCCCAGCCGCUUUCGGCAGCCUGAGUUUAGAUGACGGUAGCUUCGUUCAGAAAGACUGUCCCUGGAUCGAGCCGCUGAAGGCACUUGGCGCCUCGCGGCCAGAGCGGGACGAUCUGCUAAGCAGUCUUCGCUUGAAGUACGAGGUCGCAGAAAUCUCGCAGUGGGCCCAGAACUGCGACCUGGUGGCUUUGCAGGAAGUGGAUGCGGCACUGCGCUCCACUCUCUGCCCGAACUCCGACAGCAGCGGAUGCUGGGUGGAGAGCGCCUGGCACGUUGAUGGCCGCGGGGUGCGUGUGGAUUCCACUGUGGCGAUGUUUCUCCCGCCCGGUUCGCAGUUCGAGGUGGUUCGAACCGACCACUGCGAGCUGAGGGUUCAACUUGAAAGUGGGCGCUGCGCUGCACGGGAUCAUGUGGCGGCAGUCGUUUCCGGAGGUGGUCAGCAUCUUGUAGUGUGCUCGGUGCAUCUGCACCAACCCGGAUGCAAGAGCAAGGCGACUUACCUGGAGUACCUGGCCCCUUUGAAAGAGAUGUUGAUACGUCUUGCCGAGGGGCCGCUGCCUGUAAACCUCCUUGGGGACUUCAACAUGUCUCCGGCAGAGUUUGCUGCUAUGACGGAGGAGGAUGCUUUCUGGAGCGACUUCGUGGCCGUGGCUCCGGUCGACGGUGCAAAGACGGCAGCUUCAAGCAACCCUUGCGAGAUUGGCGACUUCAUGCUUCACCGUGCUGCGGCGAGCUUGGCAGGUCCGUGGCAGUGCUACGCCGAGGGUGAUGGCUUCUCCGGAUUUGACCGGUUUGGCCUCGCAGUCAUCGCCGAUGCACACCGCCGACUCCCAUGGCUGCGAGCACAGCGAGCAGUGAAGGGCGCUGCAGAGGGUGUCGGGCGGUCGCUUCGGGAAUUGCAGGAGCUGGUAAUUUAA